AUGGUAUCAGAGCCGCCUCUCUUUGCUCUUGAGGCUGUGAUCAUUCAAGAAGCAGUGCCACUGCGUGCCAGCAAAGGUCCAUCCUCUGAUGGUCUUCAACAGAAGUACACACAAAGUGGUGGCAGACCGUUUGUUCUUUCAACUUUGAUUGUGGGCUUUGACCCUCACACUGGUGUGCCAUCGCUAUAUCAGACAGAUCCAUCAGGUACUUUUUCUGCAUGGAAAGCUAAUGCAACUGGGAGAAACUCUAAUUCAAUGCGAGAAUUUUUGGAGAAAAAUUAUAAAGAAACUUCUGGGCAAGAAAUUGUCAAACUUGCAAUUCGCGCCUUGCUCGAAGUUGUUGAGAGUGGGGGAAAGACCAUUGAAGUUGUUGUGAUGACGAAGGAGCAUGGCUUGCGGCAACUUGAAGAAGAGGAAAUCGACGCCAUCGUUGCUGAGAUCGAAGCUGAGAAAGAUGCUGCUGAGGCUACAAAUAAUGCAAAGAAGAAGGAUUCAGCCGUGGAAGGUAGUAGCAGUGGUGGUGUCACAGCAAACCAGAGUGAGAGAAAGCCAUCCAAUUUGUCAAGGAGGGAUGGCAAUCAAAGGCCAUCUAAGAUGGAUUUUGAAGUUCCUCCGACAGAGCAUGUUCCAAGGGUACUGCCAAAAGAUGAGGACCCAAGCUUGGUUAAUAGAAAUAAAAGCAUGCUCGGACAGCUUUUGGGGACAUUGGAGAGAGAAAUAUAUUAUAUAACCUUUUUUAUUCUAAAAUAUUCUCCACUCAAAACCAUCAUCACAUUUUCCACCGCCCAAACCCUCUUUAUCUUAUAUAUAUAAAUAUAUAUAUAUAUAUAUGUAUAGAUAUAUUU